AUGAGGGCGGGGAUACUCGCAUCCACAGUAAUUCUUGCCGCCGCGCAAGCACAGCUGGUACCCUUCUUGAAGACACCGUCACAUCCACACAUGGACCAACAACAGCGACCUUUAGAGGCCGAUGCGCCUGGGAAUCAACUACCGCCGUUUCCAAACGCUGCGUCUGCGCAAGGCGAUGUGAUAUUAUCGGAUGUUAUUGGCAACCAAAGACAGAUCAAUAUCUUCGCCGGCUUCACACGGGACGUUUCGUCCGUCUCCACGCGACUAGAAACCACAGGCUUGAACACGACAGUAUUAGCGCCUUCAAACAGCGCGUUGAGUAGUCUACCGCGGAAACCAUGGGAGAACCCUAACGACUACGACAGCUUGGGCGCUGCAGCGUAUGAAGGCCAGGCGGGCGAGGAUCGUGCUGGGAAGAAUCUGAGGCGCUUCACGGAGGCGCAUGUGGUUCUUGCGUCGCCGUGGAAGGAGGGCGAGAAGGCGAGGAAUAUGUUGGGCAGUGAGGUGUGGUGGGAGAAUAAAGGUGGGAUGGCCGUUGUGCAGCCUGGAGGCGUUGAGGUGGAGAGGGUGGUCAGCCGGGUUGCAAACGGUGAGGUCUGGCUGUUGAAAGGCGUGCUCAACUACGCAACUUGA